UUUGCCUCUGUCUUCUGCAAUAAAUGCCGAAGGGGCUUCAUUAAAAUCCUCAUCUCCUUGUUCCAUAUGAUACGCAGAUGUCCUCUGCUUCCCCUCCUUUCUCUUCUUUCCUCUCUCUCUCUCUCUCUGCCUAGACGCAGCGCCUGAGCUUCAAAACCCGACCUUUUCUCGUCCUUCUGGUCCACUCUUCCCUCUCUCUGUUCUGGUUCCUUCUGUGGGUGUCUCUGUUGCUUCAAAGUUCGACUUCUAUCUCGUCCUCUGUUUCACUUUCUGUUCCCUUUAGUGUGUGCGUUGAGAUCAGACAGAGUACGAUGAGAGAGGAGAGAAGAUAGAAGAUAGAAGAAAGAAAAGAGAAGGGAAUGGGAAGGAAACCGUGCUGUGUGAACAAGGAGUUGAAGAGAGGGCCAUGGACUCCUGAGGAAGACGAGAUCUUGGUCCAGUACAUCACCAAGAACGGCCAUGGCAACUGGAGCUCUCUCCCCCAACUCGCUGGCCUUCUUCGUUGCGGGAAGAGCUGCAGGCUAAGGUGGACGAAUUAUCUUAGACCAGACAUUAAGCGGGGACCCUUCACACCCGAAGAGGAGAAGCUCGUGAUUCAGCUGCACGGCAUCCUUGGAAACAGGUGGGCUUCCAUUGCUGGCCAGUUGCCCGGGAGAACAGACAACGAGAUUAAGAACCUUUGGAACACCCACCUCAAGAAGCGGCUCCUUUUAAUGGGGCUCGACCCUCAGACACAUGAGCCCUUCCCUCUCGGAGGAGUGGGGCCCAAGAAAUCACCGGCGACCCCAGCAACGCGGCACAUGGCACAGUGGGAGAGCGCGAGGCUUGAGGCUGAGGCCAGGCUCUCUAGGGAAUCCCUGCUUGUCAAUCCCCCUCCUAUGGUGAAAUCCGAUUCUGAUUUCUUCCUGCUGCUAUGGAACUCUGAGGUAGGAGAUUCGUUCCGAAGGAUCAAUGUGGAAGAGAAGACCCCCCCAAGUCAGAGCCCAAUAUCUCAGGCUUCAUCUUCUGCAAAAGGCAAGCCGGCACUAGCAAGCUCUUCCCGGACAGAAAAUGACCGACUUGAAGACAUGGAAUUUGGGAGCUGCAAAUCAUACCUUGAGCUGAUGGCUGGGUCCGACUCGUCCUGUUCCAGUGAGUUAGAGGAUGCAUCGGACACAGCUUUGCAGCUAUUGCUAGAUUUUCCAAUCAACAAUGAUAUGAGCUUCUUAGAAGAGAGCACCGAUCCCUAUGGAAUGUGCACUUCGAUGUUGUAGGUCGAAUUAAGUGCAGUGUUGUACUCGAUAUAUAGAUACAUAUAUCUUUUGAAGCCUUUGCAGCCUUGGAAAUUUUUGAAUUUGGCUUGUUAGUAGGCAUUCAAGCAAAGGAGGUGCAAAGAGACUAGUCAUCAGAUUAUGCUUAGGCGUCCUUUUCACUUCAUGAAUAUUUAGUAGCCUUUGAUCAUUCCACCUAUAAAAAAUAAAAAAAAUAAAAAAGGCCUUUUGAUCA